AUGUUCCGCUGGCUCUUGGCGUGCCUGCUCGUCCGCUCCGCCCUCUGCGCGGUGGAGCCCUUCCCCCUCAACAAGGUCUCCAUCGCAGAAGGUCGCUUCUACGAGAACCAAGAUCGCACCCUCUCCUACCUCAAAUUCAUCGACCCCGAACGUCUCCUCUACAACUUCCGUGCCACCCAUCAGCUCGAUACCAAGGGUGCCACCGCGCUCGGCGGCUGGGACGCCCCCGACUUCCCCUUCCGCUCCCACGUCCAGGGCCACUUCCUCUCCGCCUGGGCCCAAUGCUACGCCACCCUAGGCGACGAGGACUGUCGCGAUCGCGCCGUCUAUGUCGUAGCCGAGCUCGCCCUCUGCCAGGCCAACAAUAAAGCCGCUGGCUUCACCGAGGGCUACCUCUCAGGUUUCCCCGAGUCGGACAUCAUCGACCUGGAGCAAGGCAAGCUCGAAAGCGGCAACGUCCCCUACUACUGCCUCCACAAGACCCUGGCCGGCCUCCUCGACGUCUGGCGCUUAAUCGGCGACGAGACCGCCCGCGACGUGCUCCUCGCCUUCGCCGGCUGGGUCGACACGCGCACAGCCGCCCUCGACGCCCCCACCAUGCAGACUGUCCUUGAGACCGAAUUCGGCGGCAUGAACGACAUCCUCGCCGCCCUGCACGACGAAACCGACGACGCUCGCUGGCUCGACGUCGCCCGCCGCUUCGACCACGCGGCUAUCUUCGAGCCCCUCGCUGAAAACCGCGACGAGCUCGACGGCCUGCACGCCAACACGCAAAUCCCCAAAUGGAUCGGCGCCCUCGCCGAGUACCACGCGUCCGGCGACGACCGCUACCGCGACAUCGCCCAGCACGCCUGGGACAUCACCGUGUCGGCGCACACGUACGCCAUUGGUGCUAACAGCCAGUCGGAACACUUCCACGCUCCCAACGCCAUCGCCAAGUACCUCAACAACGACACGGCCGAAGCCUGCAACUCGUACAACAUGCUCAAGCUGACGCGCGCGCUCUGGGCCCUCGACCCCCACAACGCUACCUACUUCGACUAUUACGAGUCCGUCCUCCUCAACCACCUCCUCGGCCAGCAGAACCCCGCCGACCCCCACGGCCACAUCACCUACUUCACCUCGCUGAACCCGGGUGGCGUGCGUGGCAUCGGGCCCGCCUGGGGCGGUGGCACCUGGAGUACUGAUCAUGACUCGUUCUGGUGCUGUCAGGGGACGGCCCUCGAGGUCAACACCAAAUUCAGCGACUCCAUCUAUUUCUCCGAGGAGUCCACCCUCUACGUCAACCAGUUCAUCGCGUCGGAGCUCGACUGGGCCGAGCAUAACGUGCACAUCACGCAGGCAACCUCGUUCCCAGCGAAAGACAGCACCACACUCACCAUCCAGGCCCUCCCGGGCUCCUCUUCCACCCGUCGUAGGGCCGAAGAAAGCAACUUCGAACUCCACAUCCGCAUCCCCAGCUGGACCGCCAACCCCACCAUCACUCUCAACGGCAAACCCCUCGAGGACCCCCUCACCCCCGGCCAAUACGCCGUCAUCCCCUCCCGCACCUGGCAGCCCGACGACACCGUCGAAGUGCGCACGCCCAUGGGGCUGCGGAAGAUCCCCGCCAAUGACGACCCGGCCCUGAUGGCCGUCGCGUACGGGCCGACUGUGCUCUGCGGGAACUACGGCGAUGAGGCGCUACAGGGCGCGCCUGCGCUCCAGCUGGAUACGCUUACGCAGGAUGCCUCGGGCAAGUUGGCGUUUGUGGGCCAGGCGGAUGGGCAGGAGGUGAAGCUGGGGCCUUGCUAUGAUGCGCAGGGCUUUGGCCACUGUGCCUAA